CAAGUUGCUUUUCAAUAAAUUGUGUUAAGAAAAACAGUUGAAUCUUGUUGAAUUUACAAUCGAAAAAUUGGCCAAACAUUCCCAGAAAAUGGACAGCUGGUUGAAGGAACGCCUCUCCAAGUGCCUGUGCUUCGAAGUACCGGACGAAAUGAUUGGAUACAUUCUCACCAUCCGGGGCAAUCAGGAGCUGGACGAAUACUUCAAAAGUCUUCUGGAUUCCGGCAAUCCGGAACACGUUACUUUCCUGAACGAUUUCAAACAACGAUUGAGAAAAAGCCCAUCGGAAGGUCGCGGUGGCAAGAAUCAGAAAUCCGGUAAAUCACAGCAGCAACCGAAUAAACCACUGCAGCCGCAGCAACAGCAACCGCGUCAAUCAAAGCUUCCGGAACCGGUUCCGAAACCGGACCCCCCAGCGGCUGUAAGUGCCCCGAUCAGUCAGGGAGCGGUCAAGAAGAAAACCAAAUACGUUAGCCUGUACGAUCAGGAGGGUCGUACCAAUGUGGUCCUGAUCAAAGGCCGGCACCUGUGCGAUUGCCAAGCUUCCAAGCACAAACUGAUCAACAACUGUCUGCACUGCGGAAGGAUCGUUUGCGAGCAGGAAAGCAGCGGACCGUGUCUGUUCUGUGGAAGCUUGGUGUGCACCGACGAGGAGCAGAAGAUGAUUGACAGUUCCUCCAAGAAAGGGGACAACCUCAAGCGCAGUCUGAUGGAUCAGAACCGUCCGAAGGGAUGGGAGGAAGCGGUUGCCACGCGCAAUCGACUGCUGGAGUACGACCGGAACAGCGAGAAGCGAACGGUCGUUAUCGACGAUGAGUCGGAUUACUUUAAGGCGAACUCGGUUUGGUUGUCGGACGCGGAACGGAAAAAGAUGGAAAAGCUGGAAGCUGAACUGCGGGAGAAGAAACAUGCCAGUCGGAUGAGUCGGAAGGUGACGAUAGAUUUUACUGGACGCCAAGUGGUGGAAAAACCGCAACUGGCCAUCGAGGUGGAAGAUGAGAUUUUGAAAAAAAUAGCCGAAUCCGUUGGGCCAGAGAAGGAGAAUGCGGGUGCGCGGGGCGGGUGGAACAAUAGGAAGGAAAUUGAGGAUCGAUCGGAUGAUAUUCACCCGGGGAUUGUCGGGGAGCCGCCGAUUUUUAUCGAUUUGGGAAGUGGCAUCUCAUCGACCCGAAGUCCGUUGGGUGCGAAAAAUGGUUCUCAUUUCGACGGGGUUUACAGUAAGGUCCAGGAUAAGGAAUUUCUCGAGAUGUCCGACCUGCGCCAUUGCAUUUCGAUGCACCAACCGUGGGCUUCGCUGUUGGUGGCGGGAAUUAAGAAGCACGAAGGUCGCACUUGGUAUUCUUCGCACAGGGGGCGUCUGUGGAUUGCAGCUACGGUCAAACCGGCUGACAUGGAAGUUGUCAAGCAGAUGGAGAACUUCUACCGGGUACUGUACAAUGACGGUGGGAUAGAGUUUCCCUCGCAGUAUCCUUCGGGGUGUUUGCUGGGUUGUGUUUCGGUGCAGGACGUUCUACCGCAGGAGGAAUACCGGAAGCAGUACCCGGAGGGCGAGUCGGAGAGUCCGUUCGUGUUCGUUUGUACGGAUCCGCAGGAGCUGCCCAUUCGGUUCCCCGUCAAAGGGCAGCAUAAGAUUUACAAUCUGGAUUCGAAGAUUCAUCAGGCCGCGGUCAAGUCGCUUCAGCGACUGUCGAAGCUCAAAGCAGAGGAAUGAAAGGUUCAAUAAGCGUGAUUCGAACUAAAAUACAUUUAUUCCUCAA